AUGUCUUCAGAACCAGAGAGAGGUGCCUUUCCCUCCUACUGCUACAUUUACUUGAUUGUGCUUACAAUUCCGAAUGCAGAGCCUUCGCCUACGAGCCUUCUAGACGCGAUCGAGCAUCUUGAAGCAGAAAAUGACUCUUUAAAAGUUGCGCCUGUGCCUUCCAAGCAACGGUACACGGAUGCUGGCAAGCUUGCGAAGACUAUUGCAUCACGCGCGUAUGAUAGUGGGCUCCCUGGGGCUGCACUGGAGCGCCUAAUAAAGAUUCUCACGACCAGCAAUCAUCUCGACCAAGGCACUAUCACAACCUUGAUUAAGAACUUGUACCCUGCAGAGAGAGUCCCCUCUAAGCUUGUCACGCAGCUUGUGUGUUGUCUGGGGCCCACCAAGAACAAACCCUCACCUGCAACGCAGGUGCAGCUGUUGCGAUGGCUUAUUCUGGUGUAUGACUUCCUCGAAGACCGGACUCACCUGUCGAAACUCUAUGCUGUGCUCUUCAACUAUCUAGACAUGUUAAGCCUGCGCAAGCCUCUUUGCCAUAUUCUCUCGUUCAUCACCCGGCGCAAACAUGUCAAACCGUUUAGAAUUCAGGCUCUGAUGGAACUGGUCCGUUCCUCAGGCGGAGACGAAAAAGAGCUGCUCACUCUACUCAAAGUCUUCAAGAACUACUGUCCCGACGUGAUCGUUGGUGACAUGGGGAUGACUGGGAGGAAGGGGCUUGUCUUCAAGCACCCAGACCCGGAAUGGUCGAGCCAUCUGAAACUUCUUCAAGACACGAAUCUAAAGAGACUACAGGCAACCCAGCCCUCGAGCUUCCAAGUGGUCCACAGAGGAUUGGCGAAGAGAAGCAAAAUGGAGAUCAUUGUGCCAGACGUGCAGACUUCGCGCGUAUCGCAUAACCGCACAUCACUGGAAGAACUGCGAGAUGUGGACCAUUUCGUGGACAAGAUCGAUAAGAUCGAGCUGCCGAAUCAAAUUAUUUCGACGCUUGGAGACAACAUUGCUCAAAAGUAUCUCUUCUUGGUUGAGCCUGAAGCUGCGAGUCGCCGGUUGGAUGAUUGGCUUAAGAGUUUCCUAAGCGAUCAGUUGGAUGCCACGCAAAAUGAUGCAGAUGAUGAAAAUGAGUCCUUGGGUUAUAUUUUGAGCCUUUGCGUGGUCUACGUGCGAUAUACGAAGGACAUACCUCCAGCGAUCACGUCAUUCUUGAAGUCAUAUCUCCAUUCUUGGAAUGGCAAGGACCAUAGGGAGCAAAUAUACCACCUUCUGGAGUAUGUCGUUCUCGACGAGUACGAUUCUGUACGGGACUCAUUGCUAGCGCCUCUGGAAUCUGCCGUCCUAGAGAACGUGCUAUCAUCUCAACCCAGCUUGCUCGAAUUCCAUUCCUCUCUGAUUCGUCAAUGGGGUGUUAGGCUGAGGACACAGCCUUUCACUCUAGAAGAGUCAAGACCUCUACGUCAACUUAUAUCCCAUGCUCAAACUCUGGCAUUGUCGGUUCUAGAGUGUCCCUCCGCUGUGCAGGAGGCCGAAAGUGACGAGUUUGGAAAUUCGAAACCAGCCAUCCUGUCUGUGAUGGACUUCUAUUGCACACUGGCCGACUUGUUCUCACAAGCGCCUGCGAAUGGUAACAUUCGACUUAGUAUUCCGCUGGCGCCUACUGUUUACAGCCUUGUGUUUACCCCUCUGAGCUCGAUUAUUUCAAUCACCAGCUCCGUACUUGCUACCUAUAAGUCAUCCUUCGAGGCUUCGCUGGCAUCCCAAGUGCUGCAGACACCGAAUUCUACAGAUUCGCUCUACCCGCAGCAACUUGUUGGCCAAUUCAACGGCUAUAUUAUGGACAUCUGCAAUCUUCUGUGGCGCGUCCGGGGCCUCAAUGCCGAAGACCCCAACGCUUUGGGAUGCUUGGUACCCCCGGCGACGACCCGAGUGUUUGCACACUACGUCCAAGACACGCAUAAUGCUUCUCGAGAUAGGAGGCGUGAGACCGCGUUCACGUAUACAAUCGCUUCGAUGUUUUCCUUGAGUCACAAUGUUGCUUUGUGUAACUUGUCCGCAGCAUGUUUCGCUGACAUUGAGGAUGGAAGAGAAAUCCGGGAAGAUCAACCGCGGUUAAGGAAACCGGUGACGCAGAAGGCGCUGAGUGCAUUGGAGAAAGAGGGUGGUAUCAAGAUGACUUGGCAGGAGUACCGGGUACGCAUGCUCGACUAUCUCGAUGAGAUUGGAAGCGCCGGUAUUGGAAAUCUUAUGCGAAGUACGAUGAAGGCAUUGCGCAAGGAAUAA